AUGGCUGUUCACAUUUUUGGAGCAGUUUCUUCCCCCAGCAUAUCCAACUUUGCUCUCAAAGCUGCUGCAAAGAAAGCUGAAGAGAAAUAUGGAAGCCUUGCUGCUGACACAAUCUGCAACAAUUUUUAUGUUGAUGAUUGUCUCAAAUCGGAAUGCACGGAAGAGGCAGCUAUUGACUUAGUGGACUCUUUGCAGAAAUCAUGUGCAGAAGGUGGCUUCAAGCUCACUAAGUUCACAGCUAACAGUCGCAAUCUUCUCAGAUCCAUACCACAGGAACAUCAUUCAAAAGAACUCCAAACACGUGAUUUAGACUAUGACGAACUACCUGUUGAACGCGCUCUAGGGAUGCAGUGGCAUAUCAACAGUGAUGUUUUUGGAUUCUCAGUUCAUCUGAAGACCAAGAAGAUUUUACGGGAUCUGUGCAUCAACAAGCAGCUCGGAUGGGAUGAUGACAUACCCGGGGAAUACAAGGCAUCAUGGGAGCAGUGGAUAGAAGAGCUUCACCAUUUGAAUACACUACGGAUUGACAGAUGUCUCAAACCUGCUGAUUUUGGACAUGUUGUUUCUGUUCAACUACAUGUAUUCUCCGAUGCAAGCACUGUUGGAUACGGUUGUGUAGCAUAUCUGCGUAUGUCUAACGAUGAAGGCGGUAUUCACACAGCUUUCUUGAUUGGAAAGUCUAGGCUUGCUCCAGUGAAAACUAUCACUGUUCCCAGGUUGGAAUUAACUGCAGCCAACGUGUCUAUUCACAUCGGACAACUGUUAAUGAAGGAACUGGAGACUACACCUGAAAGUGUCACCUACCACACAGACUCAACGACGGUGUUACACUAUAUCAGCAAUGAAACAAAGAGGUUUCCAAUCUUCGUUGCCAACCGUGUCAAGCAAAUCAGAGACUUUUCAGAACCUACUCAGUGGAAGUAUGUAGAUUCAAAAAGCAAUCCGGCUGAUGUUGCAUCCAGAGGUGUAUCUGCAUCACAUCUGCUUACCUGUAUGAACUGGUUUCAUGGGCCCAAAUUUCUUUCUUCUUCAGAAUCAGAAUGGCCAGUACAGCCACAUCUUAUCCAUGAUGAGAAGAUGCAUGAAGAAACAGUCACAGCAACCGAUGCAUCACAGGAUGACUGCUCUCACAACACUGUGAAUAAAUUGUUGGAACAUUACUCCAGCUGGUAUCGUCUGAAGCGUGUUGUAGCCAUAUAUCACAGAUUGUUUGACUCACUCAAGUCACGGAGCGAUGAGCAUCAAUACAAAAAUAAGAAGCAUGCUAAAAGCAACAGAUCGCUUUCUGUGGAGGACCUCAGUCGAGCAGAGAAGAGUAUUCUUCAAUUUGUGCAGAAAAUACACUUCAACAAAGAGUUUGAACUGCUUCAAGGAUGUGAAGGUACACGAGGCCGAGUUCCAAGGACAAGUUCAGUGUAUAAACUUGACCCAUUCAUUGAAAGUGGAAUUCUCAAAGUCGGGGGUCGCAUUGGCAGAGCUAAUAUCCCCAAGGAGAUGAAGCACCCAGUUAUACUUCCUUACAGAAGUCACGAGAGUUAA